AUGGCCGGCCCACGACCCUCGGGUACUGCUACCAUCACCUUCACGAAACCAAAUGGCGAUGUUACUGUUGCCACUAUUGGGGGAAAUGAUUUCGAUAGUGUCACCGGCCUUGCGAGCUCAAUGGAGUCCAUCUUCACCGAGACGACUGGUGGCACCACUUCACCGACCGGCGCAGCUACCACCACCACAACUGACAGCAGCGAAUCUUCAGCUGCCACGACCAGCUCAGGUGCUGCUUCAACUCUAAUAACCUCAACCAGCCAGACAGCCAGCACUGCCGCCGAACAAACGAAUGGAUCUUCCGGUGUCGCCAGUGGUGCUAAUGGCGAGAAUCCCUCCGAGACCUCCAACGAUUCCUGCACUGGCAUCUCCUGCAACUCAGGCCUUCAAGCUGCCAUUGCCGUCCCUGUCGUUGUCGUUACGCUUGCUCUGAUAGCGCUACUAUUCUUUUGCAUUCGCCGACGUCGACGGCGACCCGACACUCCAGUGUCUGAGAAACAGAAACAAGCACCCAAGAAGAAAUGGUCUCGCCACUUGCGUGUCUUCUCUUUCGACGCCGAGCUGCUCAUGGGCGGUCGGUUCAGCAGCUCCAACAGCUUGCGAAGUGGUGGAACCGCUAGCCAAAGAAGCCAGACUCGGUCAACACAUAAUGCUACUCCCAGCUUACACAGCGUGGAUGAGGAAGUUGCACCUCCUUAUCGCGAUGCCGUCUCGCAGAUCCAGCCGCCAUCUACCGUACCCAUGGCUUCAGGAAUGACCUCAACCACACCCGAUCCCUUUCCCCGACCCGACUCCACAGCGACGGCGCCACCACCCUACAUAUCCCCCAGUCCUGCCAAUGGCGGUCGGUCACUGCCCGUUGGCGCAACCGCAGGAGCUGCGACCGGCGCUGGCGUUGGUGCGCUUGCAACAGGUGGACUGUCUCGCAACGCGUCCCGCGCCUCGACCCAGAAUAUUCAGACUCCCGUCUCCACUCGCUCGCUCAACGACCCUUUCCGUAACGACGUCAUGUCACCCGUCAGCCCGAUCGACAAUGGACCCGAAUCGUCGCCUUUCGUUGACCCACCAGAAGCGCAAGACAGCCCGGCAUCGCCCACGGCCAGUCAUCCCAUGAUGGGUAGAGCACGAGACGAGCAGUUGUUCGAUGACGCUAGGUCAGAAGUGUCAAGCAACGUUGAGGUGAGCAGUGUACGAGAGGCACAGAUUGGAAGGUCGCUCAGCACAAGAGCUGGGCGGGUCAUCGAUGGAAGGGGAUCAUCCUGA